AUGGACACGAACCCCUACAGUUUUCGCGUCCCCAAGCCCAACUACCUGCCUCACAAGCUUGACGUCGACCCAGAUGAUGCCAUCGUCGACGACUACAACAUCUCGCUCGGCUUGCCCAGCGAGGCCGACAAUGCCAAAUUCUACAACAAAUGUAAACGCGCCGCCCAAGAGUCGGCCAUCACUCGCCCCAAGGGCUACACCGUCUCCUUCCACUGCAACCCGGACAUGGAGAAGCACCACUUUGGCAUGACGCAUCCCAUGAAACCGUGGCGGCUGACCCUCUCAAAAAGCUUAAUCUACUCGUACGGCAUGUCCUUUGCCAUGGACAACUACAUCGCCCGUGCUGCCACGUACGAGGAGCUCGCAGACUUUCACUCGACCGACUACCUCGACUUCCUCGGCACCGUCCUGCCCGAGCCCGUGCCGCGCGACUUGGAGAACCAGAACCCAGACCUCAGGUUUAACCUCGGCGGCUCAGACUGCCCCUUGUUCGAGGGUCUCUACGAUUACUGCUCCUUAUCUGCCGGCGGCGCUCUCGAUGCCGCAAGGAAGAUUUGCUACAAGCAGUCAGACAUCGCCAUCGCUUGGGGAGGUGGUCUCCAUCACGCCAAAAAGGCCGAGGCGUCGGGCUUCUGCUACAUCAACGAUAUCGUCGUUGCCAUUCUUCAGCUCUUGCGCUUCCACCCCCGCGUCCUGUAUAUUGACAUUGAUGUCCACCACGGCGACGGCGUCGAGGAGGCCUUCUUCUCGACCGACAGAGUCAUGACCGUCUCCUUUCACAAAUACGACCCCAACAACUUCUUCCCCGGCACAGGCGCCCUCGAUGACAACGGGCCCAAGAACGAGCAAAACCCCGGGGCUCACCACGCCGUCAACGUCCCGCUCAACGACGGCAUCACAGACGAGCAAUACGACAUGCUCUUCAACACCAUCGUUGGCAGAAUUGUCGAGAGGUUUCGGCCCACUGCCAUCGCCCUCCAGUGUGGCGCCGACUCCUUGGCGGGCGACCGCCUCGGCCGAUUCAACCUCCAAGUACAGGGCCACGGCGCCUGCGUUGAGUUUUGCAAAAAGAUGAACUUGCCCCUGAUUCUGUUUGGCGGCGGCGGCUACACGCCCCGCAACGUUGCCCGUGCUUGGACUUACGAGACCAGCAUAGCCAUCGGCUGCCAAGAAAAAAUCAGCCCAAUGCUCCCCCAGCACGCGCCGUGGCGUCAACAGUUUCGACAAGACACGUUAUUCCCGACCCUGGAGCAAAUCUUGGGCGAACCGCGACAGAAUCGCAAUCCCCAGAAGCGCCUACAGGACAUUGUGCAGCACGUCACGGAGCAACUUCGCUUCGUCCAGGCUGCCCCGAGCGUUCAAAUGCGAGACAUACCCCCGGACCUAGGUGGCCUUCGGGAGGACGUCGAAGAGAAGCUCAAGGAGCAACGUCUAGACCAGCUCGACGAGCUUCGUCGGGCCAAGGAGGCAGGGGUCGGAACCCCCAUGGAACUCUGA